UGAGAAACUAUUUAAAAUGGCCGUGACCCAGACGUUACCCACGGUGUACGAAUAUUAUACCGGAGAUGGAAUUACCGCUGGUUUGUCAGAUCAACAGCCCUAUUUUACCCUUAACAACAAAAAUAUCACGAUAUACAGCGGCGCUUUCCAUUAUUUUAGAGUACCAAAAGCGUAUUGGAGAGAUAGAUUGAGAAAAAUGAGAGCCGCGGGGUUGAAUGCCGUCGAAACUUACGUACCUUGGAAUCUACACGAACCUCAAUCUGGUGUAUAUGAUUUCGGAAACGGUGGAUCCGAAUACGAAUCAUUCCUCGACGUAGCCGAAUUCUUAAAAACGGCACAAGAAGAAGAUCUACUAGCUUUGGUACGUCCAGGACCGUAUAUAUGUGCGGAAUUUGAAUUCGGAGGUCUUCCAAGUUGGAUUUUACGAAACACCACUUCGGUAAGGAACUCGCAGGAUAAUAAUUAUUUGAGCUACAUGAAGAGAUACUUCAACAUGUUACUACCGAUUCUAGCUAUGUUACAAUUUCAAAAAGGAGGACCGAUUAUAGCGUUCCAAAUAGAAAACGAAUAUGGGAAUACGGGACGCGAUGAUUUAUCUUAUUUGCAAGCGAUACAACAAAUUUACAAGGAUAAUAAUUUAAUUGAACUGUUUUAUACGUCGGAUCCUCCCGGUGCUAAUGGAAGAGGAGCUAUACCGGGGGUAUUACAAACAGCUAAUUUCAAUACGAACCCUAAACAGAAUUUGGAUAAAUUGAAUACAUUGCAAUCUAAUAAACCCACAAUGACUAUGGAAUAUUGGACGGGAUGGUAUGAUCAUUGGGUGGAAGGUCAUCAUACUGUGGAUGCCGAAACUUAUAAACAACGUUUAUUAGAAAUUUUGGAUUAUCCUUCAUCGGUGAACCAAUAUAUGUUUGUUGGUAGUACGAACUUUGGAUUUCUGAAUGGUGCUAAUAGCCUCUACAGCGGUACCAACAAUUCUGGUUUACAACCUACAAUAACCAGUUACGAUUACGAUUCUCCAUUAACUGAAUAUGGUGCUUAUACAGAAAAAUAUAAUAUAGUUAAAGAAGCCAUAGCAGAACGUACCCCAGUGAAAUUUAGUAACCCGGAUCAACCAGAAUUAAUCCCAGUAAUACAAUAUUCUUCUAGACAUAUAGAUGGACAAAUAACAUUCAGUGAUCUAAUUAAUCAAGCUAAAGAUGUUAUAGAAAGUGAGGAUAUCAUCCCGAUGGAAAGUUUACCAAUAAACGGUAAUUCCGGACAAAGUUACGGAUAUAUUGUUUAUAGUAAGACAUUCACUGCAUCAGGAAAAGUUUCAAUAAGAAUCGGUGGUUACGUAAGAGAUACAGUAUUAGUAUUAAAUAAUGGUAAAUUAAUAUCUCCAGUACCACAAACUGCAAACGAUAUUAACGGUUUUGGAUUUUGGAGACUUGAAAAUUCUACUCUCGAUAUAGAAACCAACGAAGAAACUGCUGAAACAACUUAUAAAAUAGAUUUAAUAGUAGAAAACUUCGGUAGAAAUAAUUAUGGUGGUUUAGAUCAAUUCAGACAGUUUAAAGGUCUAACUGAAGAUGUUUAUUUGAACGGGAAUAAAUUAGUAGAUUGGAAAAUAAUUCCAUUCGAAUUUAAAAGAUCAUGGACUAAUUCUUUAACGAAUUGGCAACCCGUUGGAUCUAUGGAAGCGACUCCUGCUCUUUACAAGUUUACACUUAAACUUGACGAUAAACCGAAUGAUACUUAUUUGGACAUGCGCGAUUGGAACAAGGGGAUUGUUAUUGUGAAUGGUUUCGUGUUGGGAAGACACUUUUUCUUAGGGCCCCAACAGACGCUGUAUCUACCAGCGCCGUUUUUGACUCGAGGAGAAAAUACUAUAAUAGUUUUUGAACAUUAUAACGCACCUGAUCAAUUGUCUUUUUCGGAUAAACCAAUAUUUGAAUUGAGAUGAAUUUGUAUAUAAAUAAAGAAAGAAAAAAAACUUA